AUGGCGGUGGACCUCGAGCUGUUGGCAGCAGAGGACGCCGACUUCCUGCUGGACGACUCGACCGCAAGCGACGCGCAGGCGCGCGGCGAGCCAGACGACGCCAUGGCCGGCGUCUGGGGCGACCUGGAGGCGCAGGGCGGCGGAGGGGCCCAGGCCGCCGCCGCCUGGUGGGACCUGACGCUCACUGAGGCCAGCGCAGCGGACAAGAAGCCGAACGAAGGCCUGGGCCCCGUGGAUCUGCUGCUGACCGAGCAGCAGGCGGCGCUCGCGGCCUUCGUGGAGCCGUCGCGCGCGAGAGAGACCAUCUCGCCCGUGGCCAUCGAGGCGAAGCAGACGCGCACUAAACUGGAAGCCAACGUUAUGAGCAAUGCGCUCGCCGCCGCUGCCAGACAAGUUGAAGUGUCGGAUGAUUCGCAAACGGAGUCGGAGGCUAACAGCAAACAAAAGGCGCCAAAGGCAAAGGUAUCAAUAGAGUCUCCGGAGCAGAAGGUUGAAGCCGGCAAGAAGGACGCAAGCAAGAAGACGCCCAAGGUGCAACGCAAACGGAAACCCGCAGCAGCGAAAGUCCCCGCGGCUGCGGCAAUAGCGAAGCAGGAAGUGAAGUUCACGCCGCUGGAGAUCCGCCGCAAACGCAAUCGAGAGUCCAUGCAGCGUGCAAGACGUCGCCAGCGAGACGACGUGGAGCGGAUGAAGUGCACGCUCCAGCAGCUGGAGAAACACUACCAGGAGCUGAACGAGAAGUCGCAAGCGAGACGUCGACGCGCGAGCAGCAGCAAUAGCAACAACAGCAGCAGUGCUUUGGCGCUGGAGGCGGAUUAUUAUGCGCUGGCGGAUUUAUCGCAUACGCUCAAGGAGGAGAAGUUUUUGCUGGAGCAAAUGCUCGUGGAGAAGCACAAGACCCACCGACGAUUCCAGCAGGUGAUGGUGGAUCGCAAGCAGGAGCUGGAGCUGCAGUGCCCGCUCACCACGGACGACUCGACGCUGUACUCGGACUUUGAAUAUAUCCCCAUGACGGAGGACCAGGCGAACGAACACAUACGCAACUGCUACCAGCAAAUGCGGCUGAUGGAGGAGACGGUGAAGCCGAUGGUCUCGCACUACGAGGUCCCGGAUGGCGACACUUCGGAAGCCGAAUCCCCGAGCUCUCCGACUUCUCCUGGCGCUCCGGCACGCCCAAGUAAAGGCAGGCACUGCGUGUUCCCGCCCUCAGCGACGUUCGGGUGGGAAGUUCGUCAUGAAGCGAAUCCAGAUGGGGACUUUUACGUGAGCUUCUCCAAGUUUUUUGCUGGCAUCACACCGCAGGAAGCCAUGAUGGGCAGCUGGACGAGGUACGCCAAGCCCGAGUCGACACCGUUCCGCCGCCAACUGCGCUUUGAGAUCUUGCAGGUCAUCAACGACAGCACGUACAUCGCUGGCUCGGAUAUUGAGCACCCCGUGCAACACGACAAGGUCAUGCGAGUGAUUUUCCUGAACUUCCGCAUGCAAACGGACAAGGGCUUCGUAAUAGGCCGUCACUCCGUGAACCCCACGUCACCUGAAGUUCGCGCGACGGCCGAGAGGGACUCGAACUUUGAGUACGUCGAUAACUCCAACUGGGUGGAAUUUUCUGCUGAAGAGGACGGCAACACCGGGGAGCCUGGAUGUCUGGUCAGGUUCAUCGCACGCACGGAGUACAAUACGCAGGAGGACAUGUACGUUCGUCUCGUCAACUCGAUUUCUCGCACUAUGAUUUGGGAGCAGGCCGUCGUGCCUUCUUCGUCUCUCUCCCUCCUG